CUAUUCCUCCUUCCCUCGAACCUAAGCCCAUUUUGAAACCUCUCUCUUGGAUCGCAUCGCCAUUUUUUGAUCUCUUUCUCCCAUUUUCCCCUUUUUUCUUCACUCAGAUCAAAGAAAUUUCCAAAAUCUUCAACACCCACUCCCCCAUUUUGUCUCCAAACUUCGUUUUGUCCAAAGAUUUCUGCGGGCGGCCUCAUUCGACCUUCUGGGUUGCUCUCCAAUGGCUUCCUUCACGGUCCCAUGCCCCAAGGCUUCCACGCUCGCCGGUUUCGGGUCCACUGCGCAGAAGAAUUGGAAUCACGGCCACAUUAAGCAGACGCUUUCGCUCAAUCGCCGUGGAUUUAGUGGAUCUUCUCUUGUGGAAUCGCCAUUCUCUGGGAUUGAGGGGCUAAACAAGAAGAAAUCUUCUGGUCUAAUUGUGUAUGCACUUAAUGAGGUGGUUGUUGGAAAAUCUUCAAACUCUGCACCUGUGCUUGUUUCUCCACCUGGGAAUGCGCCAUCUGGAGGGAAAGUCGACUCUGCAAUUGUGGUUUCUGAUCAAAGUUCUCUUCCAGACAAGUCGUCGAUUUCCACCUUCAUGAGCCAAGUUUCAGAUCUCAUCAAACUCGUUGACUCGAGAGACAUCAUGGAACUCCAACUGAAGCAACAGGAUUGCGAAAUUGUAAUACGAAAAAAAGAAGCUCUACAGCCACCUGCAGCUGCACCUGGGCCCGCUCCAUACAUGACACUGCCACCACCUCAAGCACACAGCACGUUUGCACCUCCACCGACACCGUCAUCAGCACCAGCGCCUGCUUCUGCUCCUGCUGCGCCCUCAAGCCCGCCCCCUGCAGUAAAAGCAGGCAGUUCUCAUCCACCUUUGAAAUGCCCCAUGGCUGGAACAUUUUAUCGAUGCCCAGGACCUGGCGAACCACCAUUCGUUAAGGUGGGAGAUAAAGUGCAGAAAGGGCAAGUCAUAUGUAUCAUUGAAGCCAUGAAGCUAAUGAAUGAGAUUGAGGCUGAUCAAUCUGGAACUGUAACUGAAAUAUUGGCCGAGGAUGGGAAACCAGUCAGCGUAGACACGCCUCUUCUUGUGAUCGUACCUUGAUUACUUUCCUCUCGAGGAUGACCUUUCCAUCCAUUGCCCUUUUUUUAGGUUCAAAUUUGUUAUAGAAAUUACGCACUUUUGCAAGUUUGUGUACUUUAACUAAAUAAAGACAUCCUUUUUUGUUGAUUGAAUAUGGUCUCUUACAUUUCC